CUGUCCCUACUCUAUCGUGCAACGUCCCUUCUCUCUGCAGUACCAUCGAUAAAAGUUUUAUCAUAUUUCAACAUCGUAUCAACAUGUCGAGCGACAAUCCACCGCCGUAUGCAAACCCCAACCGCUCAUCUGCAGCCUCAGAUACCAAGUACGGAUUUGAUUCAACAGCCUACACUGUUGACAAUACUGGGCCAAGCAUAUACCCAUCUGCUCAUGACUACGUUCCACCUGGAGUUGAACCCGUAUCUCGUGAUGCACGACUACCUGCGCCCUCGGCCCCGCAGAUGGACUCAUCUGUUGCGCAGCAGCAGCAGCAGCAGCAGCAACAACAACAACAGCAACAGUGUGCCCAGCCACAGCAGCUGGUGGGUCAAACAAACGUGUAUUAUACGCGGCCCGGUGUGCCGGUGCAGGUGCCAACUGCUACCGGGGGAAUGAUGAUCAUCGGUGGAGGCUCAGUAAAUUUCCAUAUUUAUCGGGAUGGCUGGGUCUCUCGAGACUGCCGUAUUCUGACCGCUGAUAAGAAAUCAGUCGCUUACCACAUCGACUACCCUUAUAGUUUCUUUGGAUCCUGGCAUGUCAAUAUGCGCCGCGGCUCAUCACACGGUCCCACCGUCUUUCUCAUCACCAAAUCUGCUAUGGGAUGGGACUUUACGAUCCAAGACCCGGUCAAUCCCGCGUUGUCCACCAAACUGACGAGAAGUGGCGGUGGCGUUUUGGGAAAGCGAAAGCAUUCCUUUAAGGGGUUUGAUGGAAAGAAUUAUGCAUGGAAGGGGCAUGGCCUUGGCGGCGACCUCAAAUGUGUCUGCUACCCAACCAAGACUAUCAUUGCUUUCUACCAUCGUACCAAACAUUCGUGGUCCAAAGAAGGGCGACUAGAAAUAUUGCCGAAUGGUCAUCAUUUGUUAGACUUGGUGGUUGCAACGGGGUUUGCGGUCGAGGAGUGGGAGCGACAGAAUCGGUGAAUGAAAAAUGUCGUGCUUACGAUAUCUGCAUCCACGUGAUUACAGUGGAAUCUGCCAGAUCUUCAAAUGUAAAAACAAAGCAUUGAUGUUAUUUGGUACCCUC